AUGGGAAACGUGCUAGCAGCAUCCGCGCCUCCUCCACCCCCGCCUCCGACUUCAGGAUUACCGCCGAACCUGGGGAAGCCGGACCCCACGACGGUGUCCUUUGGAUCACCCCAUACGUCCGAGCACCUUCCGAAUCCGGGCACUAUAGAAGACCUUCAUAAAAAAUGCAAAGAUGUAUUUCCGGUUAAUUUUGAGGGAGCAAAGCUGAUGAUCAAUAAAGGCCUUAGUAGUCAUUUUCAGAUAUCGCAUACAAUAAACAUGAGUUCUGCUUCACAAUCUGGAUACAGGUUUGGAGCCACAUAUGUGGGAUCAAAACAGAUUUCACCUCCGGAAUCUUUUCCUGUGUUAUUGGGUGACAUCGACCCAAGUGGCAAUUUAAAUACCAACAUAAUUCAUCAAUUUACCGAAAGAAUUAGAGGAAAAAUGGGCACACAGAUUCAAAGGGGUAAAUACACCGCUGUACAGAUGACUGGGGAUUACCGUGGUGAUUCGUACACCGUUUCUCUAACCAUUGGGAAUCCUGACAUUAUUAACAAUUCAGGUGUAUUAGUCCUACAUUAUCUGCAAAGUUUAAUGCCUUCUUUGGCAUUGGGUGCCGAACUAGCUUAUCAAAGGGGCAUUGGCGUUCCUGGUGGACAAAUUGCUGUACUUUCUGCAGUUGGUCGUUACACAAAUGGAGACUCUACUAUUAGUGGAACUCUUGGUUCAGCCGGGUGCCACGUUUGUUUUCAUCAAAAAGCUAGCCAAGAGAUUCAAGUCGGGGUUGAGUUAGAAAUCAACUCGCGGAUACAGGAAUCGACUGCCACCAUUGCUUACCAAGUUGACUUGCCUAAGGCUGAUUUAGUAUUCAAGGGAAGUGUCGAUUCAAAUUGGACCAUAGGCGCAGUCCUGGAAAAGAAACUGCAACCUUUGCCAUUUACGUUUGCUCUCAGUGGCAUGAUUAAUCACAACAAACACCAAUUUAGAUUAGGUUGUGGUUUAAUUAUUGGCUAAGAUUGUUCCACUUGGUCAGGUUGUUAUUUGUCAUGCAGAGGGAAUCGGGAGUAUCGUUCGUCCCGAUUUGUACGUCGUACCGUACCGCCCAAUUUCCAAGUUCUUUAUCCAGAUGCAUUUGUCGAUUGCACGUUUCCUAUCGUGGACGAUACAUUCGAGUGACACGACUGUGUUCAGGUUUAUUAAAGAAUUGUACAAGGAUUUUGUUAAUCCGUAUCCUUUUGUUCUAUAGUUGAAAUUAAGGUAAAGUGAAACCCCCCACAAAUAAGUCGACUCGAACAAGACUCUUUUUUUAAGGGUGUUGGACCGAUCUGUAUCUGCAUAACUAUACAGAAUACUCUAAUAAUCGAGAAACUCUUACUCGAACGGGAUAAAGGCAAAAGAAAGUCUCUUAUGAGCGCUAAGCUAAAACGAUGGUAAUACGAGGUCUCGGAGAGGGAAUUUAGUUGCCACUAAAAUUACAGAUGGCGGAAGGUGGCACUCUGUAGUCAAUUGAGGCAUAAAAAACCAUGAAUCUAAAGGAUUUCUUGAGUUUUUCUUCGAUUACUUUAUAAUUAUUGUACUGAAACUACACAUGGAUUAUGUCAUUUGGUAAAAUACCCAAUAUAGUUCCACACAGCUGUCGAUAUAAAUACGACGUCGGCAACGUAGGUAUUUAGGUGAAUCUUUUUCACCGACGUCGAUCAAGUUCCUCGACAUGUUUCACUUAACUUUAAUUUCCCACUUUACAGUAGUCCCCGUUAGACUAUCCUACACGUCAGGAUUCCCCGAGUAUAUUUAACCUGUUAACCGGGGAAUUAACUUUUGCACAACUCGUUUCACAUUGGGGACUUUUUUCUUCGUCUAUGUUAUGUUUAAAAAUUUCUAUGACGAAAAAAGUCAUGCCCAUUUGAGGUGUCUUUCUGAGGUGAACCCGGUUAACGGGUUAAAGAACGUUACUCGGUCUUGGACAGAGAUGUGACUAAGCUACCAAUUGUAAUAAAGUAAUAAAAUAUGUAUGUACAGAAA